ACAAACAAGAAGUGCAAAUCCACUGCCAAUAAUACUGUGAACAACAACAACACUGCCAAAAUAUCCACCACAAUUGUGUUCAUACUGCCAGCCAACUGCAUCCACCUGCCCCACUGCCACAUAUACACCGCAGCCAUAGCCACAGCCAGCGCAAACGUGCCACGGAGCAGCUGAGGGUACGCCCCCACGCCAAGACGCCUUACAAAACCACCGUCAACGCCACCGCCACCGCCACCACUGCCAACAAAAUGCCCAUUUGCAACAAGCCACCGCUGAGCGAAGCAAAAAGUGCCACCGCCUUCGAUGACCACGCCUCAGAGGCAGCCAAAAUGAAACGCACGCGCGAGCAAGCCUACUUCAAUUCAUACAAUUUCGAUGCAAUUCAAGCGCUGCCCUACAAUAAUGAUGGCGAAGAAUUAGUGGAAGAAGCGGCAGUACAAAAAGUCGUUGGUAGUCAGGUCAGGCCGAUCGCUGCGCUCCUCAGCACAAAUUUAGUCACUACGAAAGUAUCAGCAACAUCGUCCACAGCCGGCAGUGGUAGCCAGCCCCAGCAUAAUACGCUUAAAACAAUCUAUCGCGGCGGCGGUGCAGCGUCAUUCGCCUCGUCGCACAGCAAUCGCAGCCACGGCAGCUUACACAGCAGCAGCGGUCGCAGCAGUGAACGCGGUAGUCAGCAUAGUGGCCAUAGCAGUGAUAUGAAUGGUUAUUUGCGUCGUCAGCAUUCCGGCGAACUGACCUACACGUACAUGCAACGCUUUGGUGCGCUUUUAGUGCAUUCGCGCAACGCAUCACCGUCAUCGGAAUUGGGGAGGAGUUGUGUUGGUGGUGGUGGUGGUGGUGGUGGUUGUGCCGGUGCCGCUGAUGCGAUUGGCAUUCAAGGAGGAAAUGGAGAAGGAGGAGGAGGAGGAGUUGCCAACGCAUGCGAAGAAAUUGCGCCGGUGCAUGGGAAGUGUACAACGGAAGUGUCGGAGAAUGGGAGUUUUCUGCUGCCACGCGCCAUGCUGAAGUAUCAAAGGUAGGU